AUGGCAUCACCAACGACUCCCUCGCCUCCGGGCACCCCUUCCCGCGACAGCAUGAGUGGAUCGCCGAUUAUAACGCCGCGAACAAAAGUUGCGAGGCUCAUGGAUAUGAUGGCCAGCGACUCAGAAGACGACGAUGUAGAAGAGGAUAUCACUGUUCUCCUGAAGAAAGCUGCAAAGCCUCCCACUGGCGUCACGGACAAGAAGAACACCCUGAGGGCAGCGCUUGGUUCAGACGACGAAGAUGAAGAGUUAGGUACAGAAAAGCCAGAGAAGGAGAGGCGGCUAUUUAACCCACAGAAUGAUACAGAUGAGGGCUCAGAUAUGGAUGAUGAGGAAGAAGAGGAAAUACGGCCCCGUGGAAAGCUCGCUGCGCGAAUGAUGGCUGCACACAAGGCACAGGCGAAGACGAAAAAAGCCCCGGCGCCAGCUCGACCACGCGAACAUCGCAGUGUAUUUGGUGGAGACGAAGAGCCUAGCGAUGCAGAGAUGGAGGACCAAGAAGACUCUGAGGAAGAUGCCACACCAGCCCCAACCCGAAAACGUUCGCCUAAACAGAAACGUACAUCCCCCACACCCUCUCCCACCGCUACACCAACCGUAGAAGAGGCAGACAACAGUAAUGAUGAAGAGGAGGAACAGCAAGACACAGCACCCAUUUCCGCCCAGCGUGGUACUGCCGCAUUCGCCGCCCUAGUUGCGCGAAAGAAAGCAGAGCGCGAAGCCCGAGAAGCUGCUGCAGCUGCUGCUAAAGCUGAGCGCCUCAAGAACCGAGUAGAACAGGAUGACGAAGAAGACAGUGGCUCGGAUACAAAUCACUAUGCCAACUCGCAAAAGGCGCCAAGUCGACGGCGCGCGGGAAAGAAGGCAAUGGAGGAGAUACAUAAAGAGACACAGCGCAUGGCACGGAGUAUGCAAUUGGCGCAUCAGGCGACAACGCGGAAAAAGAUAACGAAGCAGAGCUUGUUCGAAAAAUUCAAUUUCCGCACUGCGUCGGCGGUGGAUAGUUCUGCUGAGAGUGUUAUAGAGAAGCCUAAGCCUGAAGUUUUACCCUUAGAGCAAACGAUAGUGGAAAGGAUCGAAGACACGACGAUGGAUGAUGCAGAGAUCCCGGUACCAAAUUCGCAGCUAGAAGCCAUGGACCUAGACGCAACACCCUCAAAGAAGCUCGAUAAGGGCAAAGGCAAAGCGGUAUAUAACGGCCCUCCAAUCUCUCUCGGUAAAGGCAAAGGUAAAGAAGUAGCUUUCAGCCCACCCCGCCUUGAUAAGGGCAAGGGCAAAGAAGUAGUCUUCAGUCCACCACGCCUCGAUAAAGGCAAAGGUAAAGCGCCUCCCCCUGAUACCAAAAAACGACUCUCCCUACCACCCGUCCGUGUAAUCCUCCCUUCACUCCCUACUACAAACACCGCCGAUGACUCCGACUCAGACCUCGAGAUCCUACCAGAUCAGGCUUCCGCAGCAGAAGCUGCGUUUGCUGGGCGCCAGAAGAUGAUCCAGGAGCUGCGGAAAGUGCGGCGCCCAUCGCCACCGCGGGCUAAGAAGGCGGGGCAGUUGAGUGCUAAAGAGCUGCAGAUGGAGCUGGUGCGGAAGGGGCGGCAGCAGGCGGAGAUGGAACGAGAGGAACAUAUCCAGGAGCUGCGAGCGAAGGGGAUCAUUGUUCCUACCGCUGAAGAGAGGGAGAAGGAGAAGGCCGAGGUGGACGAUCUCCUAGAGAAAGCUAGGCAGGAGGCGCUCAAGAUCAAGAGGGCUGAGAAGAGGCAAGAGAAAUUGGAGAAAGGGCUAGAUGUUGAUGAUGACGAUGAGGAAGACGAGGAUUGGGCGGAUGGUGAUGAAGAGGACCCCAUUAUUGAGCUUUUGUCGGGGUCUGAGGAGGAAGGUGACGAUGAAGAGGAGAUGGAGGAUGUAGAAGAGGGUGAGGAGAAACCCGAUGUCAAUGAUUUCUCGGACGAUGAGAAGGGAGAGGAUGGGGAACACGAGGAUCCAAAUAGUACCCCCGUCUUCAGUCUGUCCUCCAUGCGCCCUCUUACAAAUACAACGCCACGCCUCUCUGAAAUGCCAUCGGCGUACAUUGACGACGAAGCCUCCGACGACAGCGACGGUGGUGAGUUCGCACCCCUCAAGAAAAAGAAGAAGCAGCAACGCAAGAAGAUGUGUGUUGUCUCCGACGACGAAGAAGAAGAGGCCCCACCCGCUCCCAAACCAGCUGAAUCGAAGAUUCCCUCCAUCUUCCGCCGGCCUAAUGCCCAGCCGCCAAUGAUGAUGGGCAUGGGGAUGACCCAGCUAUUCGAAAGCACCAUGGGCAAUCCUGAUGACGUACAAGUCGCCGCCUCCCAGGCCGUUAAACCCGAAGACCGUAUCAAUCUUCUCCGGCGCGACGCGGGCGAGAUGUUGCCAAACACACAGAUUCUCGACUUUGGCGACGGGACCCAGAGCCAGAGCCAGGACGAGAGUGCAAAGCUCAAGCUCGACUAUUCACAAAGCCAGAAAUGGCCCGUAGAAGACUCGCAGCAGAUGCCGAAGGUGUCGCUGCAGUAUGGGUCGGAUGAAGAGGAUAUGCCAGAUCCAACGCAGGAUCAGGGCUUCACGAUCAUGAAUACUCCAGCACCGCCGAGGUUUACACCGGAGCCAGAGGUACCUAGUACAAUUUCAACACAGGUGUUGAAUGAGCAGUUCGGUAUACCGAAGAAGAAGAGGGGGCGGUUGGUGAGGAAGGAUAUGGAUUUCUCUGACGAAGAAAAGGAAGACGAGGAGCGAGUAGCUGACUCUGCUGCUGAGGAGGAAGAAGAGGAGCUGCCGGAUGUUGCCAAUCUCUUUGACUUGAUGAAGAGGUCAUCAAAGAAGCAGGCUGAGAAGACAAAGAAACCAAAGAAACCAAGCGACUUUGAUAAAUCCAAGAGUGAAGCCAAAGGCAUGGUGCAUGAACAAGCCGAGGAGUCGGAAGAUGAAUAUGCCGGAAUUGGUGGCGCCUCCGAUGACGAUGCCGAUAACGACCACGACGGCGAGAUGGAGGACAUGGUCGACGACACCAACGGCGAGACCGUUGACGAAAACGCCAUGGCUGCUUUCUACGCCGAGCGUGAAAAGGCGCAGGAUGCUAAAGACGUCACCAAGCUGCUCAAGGAUAUGCAAUCCGGAUUGCUACGCAAAAAGCGCGGCGCCAACUUCGAUCUCGACGACUCUGAAGACGAAGACGACGCGGAAGCACGACGCAGAGCUGCGAAACGAAGGCAGAUUGCGAAGAUGAGGAAGGAGCUGCUCAAGGAUGAGAAUAUCGAAAAGAUCGCUGCUAAUCCUAAGAGAGCGGCGUUUUUGGCGGCGAUUGAGGAUCGCGAUAGAGAUGAGGAGAUGGACUUUUUGGAUAGAGGUGAGGAGGACCUGUUUAUCGAGUUGGGCAUGGUAUCGCAGACGGAUGGUGUCUCUCAGAGUCAGACACUCGAAGAAAGUGAGGAGGCGAGUCCGGUCCCGCUGGCAGAGGAUGAGCAGCGGGGUGAAAGGAGUAAGGAGGCCGCAUCCUUGCAAGCAUCGAAUAGUAGAAGGACGGAGGCCAAAAGUAAGAUUACAUCACUGGCCCAAAUUCGAGAGCAACUAUCCUUCCUCGUCGAAGAAAGGGACUCCCAAAUCGACUUCUCGGAUGAGGAUGAAGAAGAAGACAAGACAGCUGUGCUCCGCCGCGAGCGUAUCGGCAGCGUCAUCGACCGUUCCGCUGUUGCGCGCUCCAAUAGUGCUACCAGUAAUACCACUAAGCUUGCAUUCCAAACCUCAAACAAUGCCUCAACCUUCAAAGUACCAACUCUUCUUCGCCGCACCACAUCAAGCAGUCUUUCGGAGUCUUCUGUCGGGACUGAAAGGACUCUUGGUCAGGGUGAGGGUGCUGUGAAGAGGGGUGGCAAGGCGAGCUCCUCAAUCAACUUCCAGUCUAGAGAGCAGCUCAGGAGUAAGGUUGUGCAUGAGAGGGAGGCGAAGAAGAAGAUUGAGAGGAAGAAGGAGGGACUGAAGAGACAGAGUGUGUUGGGCAUUUUGGCGAAGGGUAACUUUAGUUGA